AUGUGGUUCGAAGAGCAUGCCUUGUUGGAUAGCCUCAUGCAGCUGCAUCACGAGUUGAGCAUACAGACCCUGCACCAUCAGCUGGCGACACAGAGAGGUUGCUCUGCUACAUCUGAGUUGUGUCCUUCCAUCUCCAUCACCAGGUCAGACAUCUCCGCGAAAUUAGAAGCGUUGCGAUCAUCGUCCAAGCUUCAGAGGCAUCACGCGAGGGUGCAACAUUUGCAAGAAAAGCUCUGUGCUCGCAGAGACAAGUUACUAGACAUUCGAGCCAAGGAAGAGAACCUGAAAGUAGCCAAUUUGAUGCUGGACAGAAUACCACGAGCACAUGCGUGGAUGUACAACCAUCACAUUCCAUUCACAAACCCCAAAACUUUUGUUCGACAAAAGAUGGUGGUCCUUGAUGACCCAGCAAAAACUUUCCACGGCGACGACCCACUAGAGGAAGCUUUCAGUGCUGAAGAAGAUGUUUUUGUUUCUUUGCGCCAGCACCGGCAUCGCGUGGCUGCUAAACUGUUUGUCCUCAAGGGAGAUUUUCUCACGCAGCAUUGCUCCCCACCUGUUCUCAGUGCUCGGCAGCUGCAGCAGCCCCCGCUGCUCCCCUGCAGGACUUUCGUGUCCAUCCUCCCGAGCCCAGCUCUCAACCCAGCUGGCUCUCAAACCGAUGAAACGGAGGGCAGCUCCUGGCCUGGGACUGCAGAAACAAGAAGACGCGGGUUUGUGAAGGUCGGAGAGAGGAUGGAGAGGCUGCUGGGAGCGAGUAGACACGAGCGGCUGCCGCGAGUUUUGAUCCUUCAGGUGGAGCGACGGAGACGAUCAAGAGUAGGUGCAAAGCAGCUUUUCUUGGAAGCGGAAAGUGUUGAGAAAGCGAGCUUGUGGAUCAGAGGCAUCAAGUGCGUGUUGAACGAGGAAGAUCAGUCAGAUCCUGAAAACUCCUUGUAG